GGUACAAGAAGAAGAAGAAGCGUAACCACGCUGAGGAGAAUAGAAGCAGAAGCAAGAGGACAGACAAUAGAGAGUGAAAUUACGAGAGAUUCGUGAAGAUAAAAGAGAAUUAAGUUCAAGAAAGGACAGAAGGAAGAUCGCAAAACAAAACCAAAAUACGCCAUGACAAUCAUACUCUUCCUGGUGGACACCUCGUCGUCCAUGUGCCAGAAGGCGUAUGUGAAUGGUGUGCAAAAAACGUAUCUGGACAUUGCCAAGGGGGCGGUGGAAACGUUCCUCAAGUAUCGGCAGCGCACCCAGGACUGCCUUGGCGAUCGCUACAUGCUGCUGACCUUCGAGGAGCCGCCGGCCAAUGUAAAGGCCGGCUGGAAGGAAAACCAUGCCACCUUCAUGAACGAACUGAAGAACCUACAGAGCCACGGCCUCACCUCGAUGGGUGAAUCGCUGCGAAACGCCUUCGAUCUGCUCAACCUGAACCGCAUGCAGUCGGGCAUCGAUACGUACGGGCAGGGCAGGUGUCCCUUCUACCUCGAACCCUCGGUGAUCAUUGUGAUAACGGACGGGGGCCGCUAUUCCUACCGCAAUGGGGUGCAUCAGGAGAUCAUACUGCCGUUGAGCAACCAGAUACCCGGCACAAAGUUCACCAAGGAGCCCUUCCGGUGGGACCAGCGACUUUUCUCGCUGGUCCUGCGCAUGCCCGGCAACAAGAUCGACGAACGUGUCGAAGGCAAGGUGCCGCAUGACGACUCCCCCAUCGAGCGGAUGUGCGAGGUUACCGGCGGCCGCUCAUACCGCGUGCGCAGCCACUAUGUGCUCAAUCAAUGCAUCGAGAGCCUGGUCCAGAAGGUGCAGCCGGGCGUGGUGUUGCAGUUUGAGCCGCUGCUGCCCAAGGAUAAUGCCAGCAGCAGCAGCAGCAGUGGGACAAACGCCGCAGGAGGAGGAGGCGGCUCGGCGACACAGCAGUCGUCGUCGGGUUCAUCCUCCGCGUCGUCGUUGGAGCCCACACCGGACAUUGUCUUCCAGCCAAUCAAGAAGAUGAUCUACGUGCAAAAGCACAUGACCCAGAAGACCUUCCCCAUUGGGUACUGGCCGCUACCGGAACCCUAUUGGCCGGACUCGAAGGCCAUCACACUGCCGCCCCGCGACGCCCAUCCUAAACUGAAGAUCAUGACGCCGGCGGUGGAUGAGCCACAGCUGGUGCGCAGCUUCCCAGUGGACAAAUACGAGAUCGAGGGCUGCCCCCUGACGCUGCAGAUUCUCAACAAGCGAGAGAUGAACAAGUGCUGGCAGGUGAUCGUCACCAACGGGAUGCACGGCUUCGAGCUGCCUUUUGGGUACUUGAAGGCGUCGCCCACCUUCUCGCAGGUGCAUCUGUACGUGCUGGCGUACAACUAUCCCGCACUGCUGCCUCUGCUGCACGACCUCAUCCACAAGUACAACAUGAGUCCGCCCAACGAUCUCAUGUACAAAUUCAAUGCCUAUGUACGUUCCAUACCGCCGUACUACUGCCCCUUUCUGCGUAAGGCGCUGGUCAACAUCAAUGUGCCAUACCAGUUGCUGCAGUUUCUGCUGCCAGAGAACGUCGACAACUAUCUGUCGCCUACGAUCGCCAACCAGCUGAAGCACAUCAAGAACACCGCCAAGCAGGACCAGGAGAACCUCUGCAUGAAGGUAUACAAGCAGCUGAAGCAGGCCAAGCCCCCUUACCGCCAGGUGGAGACGGCCAAACUAUGCACGGGCACGGUCCUGCGCCGGGACCUUGUGCGGCAUCCCCUGCUGCGGGACACGUUCGCCAAGCUGCACGCGGAGAUCGAGCCGGUGGAAAACUAUACGAUUGUAGUUCCGCAACUGACGCAUCAGUCAUCGGCCAAGACGUAUCGCAAUCCGUUUGAUAUACCACGGCGGGAUCUUGUGGAGGAGAUUGCCCGCAUGCGGGAGACCUUCCUGCGGCCCACGCUGCUGGUGGCCAAAGAUUCGGGCCACUGCCUCCCCAUCUCGGAGAUGGGCAACUACCAGGAAUAUCUCAAGAACAAGGACAAUCCGCUGCGGGAGAUCGAACCGACCAAUGUGCGUCAGCACAUGUUCGGCAACCCCUACAAGAAGGACAAGCACAUGGUAAUGGUGGAUGAGGCGGAUCUUAGCGAUGUGGCGCCCAUGAAGUCGCCCAAUGGCAACGGUCCCGGCGGCUCGCCGCCCGGCUCUUCGGGCUCUGGGUCGUCCGGCUCCUCGUCGUCAGGGUCUUCAUCGAGUGGGGGACCUGGGGGUCCCGGCAUGGGCGGCGGUCCCGGCGGCAUGUCUGGCCUCAUGCUGGGCCCUCACUCGGGCAGCGGGUUCGGCAAGAAGCUUGAUGGCACCUCGCGAGGACGCAAGCGGAAAGCGGGUCCCCUGCCUCGUGCUUUUGAGUUCCGGCGCGUCUCCACAGACUCGCGGUCAUCUUGCUCUUCACCCCGCCCCUCGUCCGCGUCCGAAAGUGCCCCCAGCUCGCCUAAUCCAGCGGCGGCAAUAGCCUGCGAUUCAUCUGCGUCUCCGUCAGCGGCCAGCACGAGCUCUGGCUCCGGCUCCGGACUGACGGGAUCGGGUCCCAGCUCUGUCCCGGGAUCCGGUGGCCGUUCCAGUCCCAACUGCUUUGAUGAGGACAGCAACAGCAGCUUCGUCAGUAGUUCCAGCAGCACGGACCUGUCGAGCGACUCGGGCUUGUCGCUGUCGACCUCGGAGCGCCUGGGAGGCAUUGGCUUUGACUUUAGCGAGGAGGAGACCAACGACCAGGACACUGCCCUCAACGGCCAUGUGCACAACUUCAUCAAUGGGAUCAGCGACGAGACCAAUGCAACGGACACAGAGGCCCCGCCUGGGCCCGGUCCAAGGCCCGGAGCCCCGCCACCAAGCAACAUGUUGCCAGCCGCAGCCCCAGCCGCGCCUGAGCCCAUUGUGACAGCCACAUCUGUCCCGGUCAUGGGGGCAGCAGCUGCUGCGCCACAGGCAACGGUGACCUCUACGGCAUCCGGAGUGGUAGUGGCAUCCACAGUGGCAGCCUCAUUGGUCACUCCACCGCCACUGCCGGCCGUAAGCAGCACCAGCAAUGGGGGACUGGGAUUGGGAUCUGGCGGUACUGGUGGCAGCAGCAGCGACCCGUCCUGCUCCUCCGCUUCGGCAAACAACUCGAGCGGAGUGCUGUACGUGCCCCUGAACGGAGUGACCACCACCCAUGCGGCGUACAGCAGCAACCGAGGUGGCAGCCCCACCUGUCCGAUGGGGUCCCACCUGGGCGGCCUGGGACCGGCAGGGAGUCACGGCCACAAGGGCAUCUCGCUGAUGUCGCUGUCCGGGGUACUGCCGAUGCUCAAUGGCUACACGCAUCAUGGAGUCAACAUCUCGCCGCCCUCGCCCCUGUCUGCGGUCCCACCAGCGCCACUGGCGACUCCAAAUCCGACGAUCGCCAUCAGCAGCAGUAUCGGAUCGGUAUCUGGAUCCUCUGGCUCCAGCUAUUUUACCCACAAUGACAUCAAUGAUGCAUCUGAGAUCUCAAGAAUACUGCAGACAUGUCACAAUGGGACCAGCGGCUCUUCCGGCUCCGGUUCGGGAGGAACAGGAGGAGUAGGCAGUGGUAGUGGCAGUGGCAGUGGCAGUUGCCUCAAUGGCAACGGCAGUCCCGAGCCCGAUGUUGGAGACGAUAGCGAAUCCCCGUUGUCCCUGGGGAUUGGCAAUAAUUUUGAUGCACUGAAGCGGCUGGCAGGUGGUGGCGCCGCGAGCAGUCCCCAUUUGUACUGGGGCAGUGGACUUAAUCAUUUCAUUAAUAACAACAACAAUAGCAGCAGCGGAGCAGCAGCUGCCACUGGGAACAGUAGCACCAACAAUCACCGGAAUCACAACAACAACAGCCCUAUGAAAAUGGAGAUCAAGUCAAGUCCAAGCUGCAGCUCCUCGCCGACGCACAACAGCAACAGCAACGGAGAGGUAAGUGCCGCAGCGCUGCUCAUAUUGUCCGAGGAGCAGCGGGAGGCGGCGCGUAAGCACAACAUUGACCUGCGGCUAAAGAUCUUUCGGGAUAUACGGCGGCCGGGACGCGACUACAGCCAGCUUCUGGACAACUUGGGACUGGUGAAGGGCGACCACGACAUGAAGUCCGAUUUCGUGGAGAUGUGCAUUGGGGAGUCGCGCCGGUUCCGGCGGCACCGCAUGGUCGGCAGCAUUCAGGAGUGGUGGGAACAGCGGCAGCAAUCGCAGCCGGCCAUCGAUCAGCAGCUGCAGCAGGAUCAGUCCCAGCCGCCCCAGCAGCAGCAACAACAAGAGGCAGCCGCCGCUACCAAGAGUUAACGUUGGCUCUUUUGGAACUGCUGAGCCCAAGCGGUAUUCGCCUGGGCUUGGGCGUGGUCGAGGGCGUGGCCAUGGCCAUGGGCGAGGCCGUGGGGCGCCAUCAGUCUGUGAUGUCAUCAAAAGCAACAACAACAAGAAAAACAUAAACAAAAACAACAAAAAAGAGAACCGUAUGAUAAAAAUAGGAGAAAGAACAGUAAAAACCAUAGACGUAAACGUUAACUUAACAUUAGCAGUAAUAAAUAACAGUAACAGUAUAAGAGAGAGUAUCAGAGAGGAGAGGUAAACGAUCGGCAUUGAAUUCUCGUCAAUUUCCAUUUAUGUAAAUAAUUGCCAGAGUCCCCUCCCCGCACGUUGUAGGAUUUUCAUCCGGGGAUAUAGUGAACGCGGUUAUACUGGAAAUCUGAAACGCAAAACGUGUACACACGUUCAUAUUGGGCAAUAUCUCUAUUUCGUAAGGACACUCUCUCGAGAUCUUUCUGUGUAAGUCAGAAUGAAGCGAAAGGCGAAAGCAAAGGCGACAGCGAGGUAUAUAUUCUAUAAGAAAACAAUGUUGUAAUUAUAUCGUGACGAUGUAGCCUUAGCCGUAGCUUAAUUACUGUACAACUCUUACAAUGUUUUGCAGUGUUUUUUUUUUUUAUUAUAUAAAUAUUUACAUAUAUACACAUACAUAUAUAUAAUAUAAAGUAAUACCCUGAGCCCAUUCGUACACCUAAGGCCCCCAAAGCAAUUAAUAUAAAUAGACUUAUAUCUCGA